CAGAAAGCAGAAUGUCUGUAAAAGAUUUCAUCAAGGGUCUGCCCAUUCACGACUCGACCAAUUUCACUCAUUUGAGCAACGAACACGGAAUUCGGACAUCGCAGAAGCGUGCAUCCGUCUACCUGCCCACCGAGGAUGAGCAUUCCGAGCAGCUGAUCGUGAUGGACAAGCGCUGCGUCCUGCUGCGCUACCUCACCCAGCAGUGGGACAAGAAGACGCUCCAGCGGAAGCGCGAGCACGGCGGGGAGUCGGGAAAUGGCAACGGAAGCACCUCCACGCCCAACGGCAACGGCACCAACAGCAAAAAGCGCCCGCGCCUCGACCCCAACGAGCUGAACUGAGCGGCAGGACCUCCAGUUUCCAGGCUCCAGCACACCAAGGACAUCCCCCACAGCACUCGAGCGCCCACGAGCUUCGCCACCACGAGUUUCUCUUCAUUUACCUAAAUAUAUUCAUAUUUAAAUAAAAUACACUUAGUACAAAGGAGUUGCAGUCGAACAG